UGCUCGCAGGAGCGCUUUUGCUGCAGCGCUCCCGACGUCGUUGGUUGGUUGCCUGCUUGUGUCGGCUUCUUCCUUGGCAGCCGGGUCGGGUCGGAGCCGCCAGGACCAGUGGGUUCUUCCAGGUCUCCACUUCGCUUGCUUCCCCCCUUCUCCAUCGCCCACUCCCGAGGGCUUUGGCGAGGCUCCAGUUGGGUCUGCUCCGGGAUUCUAUGGAGCUCAAGCAUUAAGGGGACCGGGAGAGCCCGCAGCCUCGCCCCUCUCUGCCCCCCAACUGGGCACGCGGAGGAGGGUACAGCGGUCUUCGCCAAUCUUAUCAGGAAAAGAGGGGGAGCAGGGGAUGCUGUCUCCGCGACGCCCCCCACUUUGAUGGAGCAGUUUUGCAGGAGACAUUUCAAAGUAAAGUUCAGUAUGAAAUCUUCCACACAAGUCUGAACAAUGUACAUCUCUACUCAAAAGUAAACUUCAAUGGGUUAAUUCUGAAGAGACGCCAGAGUUGAAAAAGAACUGGAAAAAGUCACGAAAUAUUGCGACCUGACCAUCGAAACUACACAAUUAUGGAUGAAACAUGUAACAGUGACACCCAUUGUUAUCGGGGCAUUUGGUACCAAGUCCAAGAAUUUCACAAAAUACAACAAUCAAUUGCAGCUUCCUGCAAUAACACCAGCGGAACAGCAAAAAACUACUCUACUUGGAACAUCGUACAUCUUAAGAAGUUUCUGAAGAUCUGAGCAUCAAACGUGCUGUUCACUGAAGCAUGAGCUUUGGACAUGGCCACCCGCCGCUGCACUCGGAAGCCUUGGCUGGCCCCCGGCAUCUCUAGAAUGAUUUGGAAACAUCUUGUUCUCAUUUCCCUCUGGCUGCCAUCAUUUGUUUUGGGUGGAGCCUCCCCCACCUCCUGCCCAGCUGCUUGUUCCUGCAGCAACCAAGCCAGCCGGGUCAUCUGUACACGCCGGGAGCUGGUGGAAGUGCCCGAGAGCAUUUCAAUCAACACACGGUACCUCAAUCUGCAGGAGAACAACAUCCAGGUGAUAAAGACUGAUACUUUCAAGCAUCUUCGUCAUCUUGAGAUUUUACAACUUAGCAAGAACCUCAUCCGUAAGAUUGAGGUUGGUGCCUUCAACGGCUUGCCCAACCUCAAUACACUGGAGCUCUUUGACAACCGGCUAACCACUGUCCCCACACAGGCCUUUGAGUACCUCUCCAAGUUGCGGGAGCUAUGGCUGAGGAACAAUCCCAUUGAAAGCAUCCCUUCUUAUGCCUUCAAUAGAGUCCCUUCUUUGCGGCGUCUGGACCUUGGAGAGCUCAAGAAGUUGGAGUAUAUCUCAGAAGCAGCUUUUGAAGGCUUGGUCAAUUUGAGGUACCUGAACUUGGGCAUGUGCAACCUUAAGGAUAUUCCAAAUUUGACAGCCUUAGUGCGGCUAGAAGAACUUGAGCUUUCUGGAAAUCGCCUGGACAUGAUCCGGCCAGGCUCCUUCCAAGGUCUGACUAGCCUUCGCAAACUGUGGUUGAUGCAUGCCCAAGUGGCCACCAUUGAACGCAAUGCUUUUGAUGACCUUAAGUCAUUGGAAGAGCUCAAUCUCUCCCACAAUAAUUUGAUGUCCUUGCCCCAUGAUCUAUUCACCCCUUUACACCGCCUAGAACGUGUCCACCUCAAUCAUAAUCCUUGGCAUUGUAAUUGUGAUGUGUUGUGGCUCAGCUGGUGGCUCAAAGAGACAGUGCCCAACAACACUACCUGCUGUGCCCGGUGCCAUGCCCCACCAAACCUAAAAGGGCGAUAUAUUGGAGAGCUGGAUCAAAGCCAUUUUACUUGCUAUGCCCCUGUUAUAGUGGAGCCUCCAACUGAUCUUAAUGUGACCGAAGGAAUGGCUGCUGAAUUAAAGUGCCGAACAGGGACCUCAAUGACAUCAGUGAACUGGCUCACACCCAAUGGCACACUGAUGACACAUGGUUCCUAUCGGGUGCGCAUUUCUGUCCUUCAUGAUGGCACACUCAACUUCACCAAUGUGACAGUCCAAGACACUGGGCAGUACACUUGUAUGGUGACUAAUUCAGCUGGCAAUACCACUGCUUCAGCCACACUCAAUGUCUCAGCUGUGGAUCCAGCCACUACAGGUUAUACUUACUUCACUACUGUAACUGUGGAGACCAUGGAUCCUGGCCAAGAAGAAUCAGUCCCCACAAAGAAGGAACCUGGGCCAACACCCUCCCAAGGUUGGGGCAUGACUUAUUCCACUACUUCACUGACUCCACGCAGCACACGCAGCACUGAGAAGCCAUUUACUAUCCCAAUCACUGAUGUCACAGAAAAUGGCAUGAAAGAUUUAGAUGAUGUGAUGAAAACUACUAAGAUCAUAAUUGGCUGUUUUGUAGCCAUUACCUUCAUGGCUGCUGUGAUGCUCAUUGUCUUCUACAAACUUCGUAAGCAGCACCAGCUUCAUAAGCAUCAUGGACCUACCCGCACUAUUGAGAUCAUCAAUGUUGAAGAUGAGCUGCCUGCAGCAGCUGGAGCUCCCGGUGACAGCCAUCUUGCGCUUCCUGCCAUUGAGCAUGACCACCUCAACCACUAUGCUGCUUUCAAAGCCCACUACAACAACAAUAGUGGUGGUGGACCCCUCACAUGCUCCAAGAAUCCCAUGCUCAAUUCCAUCCAUGAACCUCUUUUAUUCAAGAGCAGCUCUAAAGAAAAUGUCCAAGAGACACAGAUAUGACAGCCACAGCCUGAGGAAAAGGGGAGUAAUUCUGUGGUGGGAGGGCGGCAAUGGAUUAGUAUAUGCAGUGAGGAACAUGUUGAGGAACAGCUCCUCCCUCCUCACUUUAAAAACAAACACAAACAAACACAGGUCUUUCCACCACCAUGGCAGAUCUUGGAUCCCAAGCCUCCACCAGUAGAUACCUUUGGUUCUCACCAAGUUAGCUUUUUAUGUUCUCUUCUUUUUUCCUUCUGCAAAACAAGACACUGCUCUCACCUUCUGCCUGAUCUUCCCUUUCUUUUCUUUUCUUUUUCUCUCCCCUUUCCUUUUCUUAUUUUUCUACCAUACUCCCUUUACAUUGGAGACUUUUUUUAUACAGAUGGGGCUGUUUCUGUAUCCAACUACCUGUUGUUUUACUUUGAAAUGAAUGAAAGAAAGAAAAGAAAAGGAACAAUGACAGUGACAAAGGAGGAAGGGAGGACAUUUUCCUUUCAACGUCAUGAGAAUAAUCUUUAGGAAGAAGAAUAAAACAUAAAACCCAAGUGGAAUGGGAAAGGGAUUUUAAAAAAGUCUUAUUUUGAGCCGCUUUCCGUCAAAAUUCUAUUUUCAUCCAUUGGGAUAUACAAAAUAAAUAAAUUAAAUAAAGAAAUGGGAGGUCAUAGUGGUGCCAGGAUCCCCACCCUCACCCCGCUCCACCUUUGGAGCACGUGGGGAUGCUGGGCACACAGGGUUUCCGGAAAUUUUUUAUGACUAGUAUUAUUACUAUGGGAAAGCAGGCACAGCCAAUGUGCUCCCUAGAGACACAGGGGUAUGGAGGUAUUUUUUAAUUUGUAAUAAUCUGGGGUGGGAAUGUUGGGUUUGAUGGGGGUUGCACUUCUGGCCUAAAAAAAAUUGAAAAAGAAAAAAAAGAAAAAAGGGCCUGUGGAUUCCCGUGACAUUUUGGGGUCUGGUCUGAGUUUCUUAUUUUAAUAAAAUCCAUAAAGAUGUUUCCAAUCCUCCCUAGGAUGGUUUUUUCAGUGGGGGGAAUAAAUGUGAGCUAUUAUUCAAAUGCAUAAAAUGCAUUUUAAGGAUGGAUUUUGGCAGCAGUGCAAAUGUAUGUAGGGGCACAGGAAGGUAUAUGCUAGUACUUCUCUUUUACUUAAUCCCACUCUUCCUGUUCCUGACUUUAUUAAGCUAAGCUACCAAGUCAUAAGAGUGUGUAUGUGGCUUGUGGGUUCUUGCAUUCACUUGAUUGCUUCGGGUGUUCCAUUUAUAUUCAAGAACUCAUGCGUAAAAUCCUUCUUUAAUUUCCGCCAGUUAAUGAAAAGGUCAUUGUCUGAAAAAGUAAGAUAGCACAUACUAGAGACUUUGGGAAUGGGGGCCAUCAUAUAUGGAUCCAUGAUUUUCUAUGCUUUCUUUGAACCAGGUUGGUCAUCACACCUAAUAUCAAUGAGGUAGAGAUGGAGAUGCUGCAACAUACACAAUUUCUCCCUGACACACAUCAGGGGGGGAUUCAACAGUUGUCAUUUACACCAUUCCCAUCCAUAGUGUGUAUAGUGUGAUCUCUGUGGAUGAAUCUGCUUUCUUAUAUGGAGACCCAAGGACUAAGCAUUUUAGGAAACUUUAAAAAACAUUAUUACAUAUUAUGGUACUAUGGGAAACCACAGAUAGUAGUCAUGAGAAGUGAAAGAUGUAGCCCAACAACCUUUGAAAGACCGGAUUUUUCCCACCCAUCAUGUGAGAAGAAAAUCUAAAGACUUCACAUUAUUUAAACUUCAACCAGAAGAAAGUAACAUAUGUUAUUUCAAUUAGAUAUAACAAGGCAAUCUGCUGCACCUUCACAAGUGUUGGGACAACAGUUUCCAACAUUCCCAGUUGGAAAGCUGAACAUUUGGAGAAAGCUGUGAUAGAUAGGGAGACUGAGAACUUUCAAGCUUUCAUGGGAAAAAUGCAUCGAAGAAAGGAUGAAAGAAAACAUCAGAAGAUUACAUCACAAAAGAGAUCUGGGAAUUGGAGAAGCAGAACUUACAGGAGGCACGAAUGUUUGGGAUAGGAUAGAACCAACAGUCUCCCCAACCUGAUCUCCUGAAUUGGCAGGCAGUUUAUGUCAAAAGAUGGUCUGAGGAUUUGGAGAGUUUAACACAUCUAGAGGACAUCCAGUUGGGAAGGGUUAUUGUUAUUGUUAUUGUGAGAUGCCCAGAAUUGCUUAAGAGAGUCAGUCAUACAAAUCUUUCAAAUAAAUAAAUAAAGAUGGUCUAGAUAUUUAAGGAAUACGGAUUAGAUCAAGUUGUUGAAGGAUUAAAAUAAGGAAUUAUUUGAUAUGUUAUGUUAUGUGAGUGCUAUGAAAAAAUAAAAGUGGGCGAGGGAUGACAAUUUAUGACUAGACAGGAGAAGGUUGCUGUAAUCAAAACAAAAAAAAAAUAAUGGUCAAAAUAUGAAAAAAGAGGAUUUGCAAAAGGGUGAAGAAAAAAAAAGAGCUAUCCUAUAUAUUUUUUUCUUGCAGGGUUGCACACAGAGAAGUGACAUCAUCUUUUGGUGGUGGAUUCAAUGUGGAAACAAAAUAUGGAAUGUUUUUCCAUUAAGGAAAAGAAAAAGAUUCUCUCUGUGUUCAUCUUUUUUGGGUAGUAAUAUCAAAAUAAUUUUUAAAAAUAUUUUUUUAUUAUAAUAUUUUUCUUAAUAUAAAAUUCAAAUGAAAAUAAAGACAAUGGAAAGAAUAGGAAGGAAAGUGGAUAGAAAAGAUAAAGUCAGGAAAGAGGAAAAAAGAAACAAAAAGCAGUAGCUUCCAAUUUUUUUUCAAUGCAGUAAGUUACCUAAAUAAAGUUAAAGUAUCAACUUUUAACUUACUCCAAAUAAUAACUACAAGCCAUUUCUAUACCAAUAGCCCAUUUAAUCAUGAAAACCCGAAGUCAAAAUUUCAUUUUUCCCUCUCUUUCAUACAAGUAAUCCAGAAGUGGCUUCCAAGUAGCCACAAAACUAUUUACAUUCUUGACCCUAAUUAAUGCAGUUAACUCCACUGCCAUCUCCACUAGCUCCAUCAUCUUUUCAAUCCAUUCCUCCAUUGUGGGGGUUAACGCUUCUUUCUGUUUUUGGGCACAUAAGAUUUUUGCAGCUGUCAACAUCUACAACAACAAAGUUCCAUCCCCUCCCCCAUUCUUUAUCUAAUAAACUUAGAAGAAAAUUUUCUGGUUUUCAUUGUAAUUAUCCCAAAAAAUUAUGAGGAGAGGAAAACUUCAGAAGAAAGAUAAGAUGAUUCACCUUAUUUGCUGUAGGUCUGAUAAUAUAAACAGCCACACAACUACUAAGAAUAGGCAGCUGGCAUGAAGGGAAGAAAACUCUUAGCAGAAAGGUAGCAUGGCUUGUCAGCAAGGUACAAGAGGUAUCGGAAGCUACUGAAUUGGUGGAGGUUGCUUGGAGAGAACAGUUGGGCAGGGGCGGAUUCCAGCAAAGAGAAAGGAAAAGCCUAGGAAAGCCCUGUCUCUCUCUCUCUCUCUCUCUCUUUCUCUCUCUCUCUCUCUCACACACACACAAACAUUUAGUAGAAUGGUUGGAAAAGUGUUUAUAAAGAAGAACAACUAGCUGAGGGGAGAUUCAUAGUGACCAUGAUGUGUUGAAAGGACCUCUUUCAAAGACAGUAGAGGUCAGGGGUAGAAGAAGAAAAGUAUCUUGAUUUGCCACACAGAGAUGGUCCAAAAAUGGCUUCCUUAGACAAUCAAACUGAAGUCCCUCAGGACUACAUGGAGCACUUGAUCCAAUUAUGAAUCCUAAAGGUUACUUUAAGGCAAAAAAAACCAACAACCCUCAAUUGUUUUAGCUGCUGGUGAGGAAGGGAAAAGAAGUAAAAAGGAAAAAGAGAAUUUGGAAAGGGUGACACUAAGAGAGAGAGAGUGUGUGAGAGAGAGAACAAGAGAUUACUCAGCCUUGCCAUUCCCUAAAAUAGCACCCUUGGUUAAAAUGAAUAAUCUUUCUCCCUCUUUAUUAGCGUUAGUUAGGGAGAAAUUGGAGAUAAAAACUAGUAUGCUUCAAUGCAGUAAAGAAUAUUUUGUAAUGCAGAUAGUGCAAGGAUGAAGAGGGCAUUGCUAAAGAUACAGGAACAUAAUUGGAGGGCUGGACCCCUUUUUUGGUCCUUUUUCUCUGUGUAUGUUUUUUUAAGGGCUUGAAGAAUUUAAGGGAUACAAUAGAUGUAUGGGGAGGCUUUUUUGAAGUUCCUCUUCAAAAAACACAGUUAAAAUCAGAAAUACUCCACUUAUUUUACUGGUGUGAUAUCUGGGACUCUUCUGAAGAUAACAAAAAUAGGGCCGGUUGGCAAUAUGCAUACCAUGGGCUAAGAAUAUUCUACCUUGAUCUAGUGGUAUGUUGUAAACAAAGCUUAAAGGUUAGAACUGUAGAGGAGAGGAACAUCAAAUAUGUGUAGUUGGUUUGUUGUUUUUUUUAGAGAAAUGUGGGUAGCAGGGCUUGGUAUUUAUUGUAUGCAAUAAGAUCCUAGGGAAAACAAUAGAUGAAUAUAAAACAGAGAGGUGGAGCAUUGAUUAUAGUAACAGUUAUAAAAUGACAGGCUAGCAGGCCACAAUGAAGGGGACAAGGAGAACAACAGGGUUAACUAGGUCAACAGGAAACAAGGAAGAUGCUGAAGGAGCAAACAUGAUGAAGAAUGUGGGAACGUGCCAAAGUUUCCAACUUCACUCUAUUGAAGAAGGGAUAGCCUAUUAACUGCAUCUUCUGGAAAUUGAAGUCCAGAAGACAUUCAAUUGGAGAAGACUGCUUUAAAAAUGGAAGAUAGAGAUUGUGCUCCUUCAGAUGUUCUUGGAUUACAACUCCCAGCAUCUCUCAUCACUGGUCCUGCAGUGCUUAAUGAGACUGCUGGAAAUUGAAGUUCAGCCACAUUUGGGGGACCACUGAUUGCCUACUUAGGCUCUAAGGUCAGAGACAUGGGAAAAAAGCUGCAGUGGAAGACAAUGAUACCUCUGUAAUAAUAUUUUGACACACAUGUUGCUUGACCAAAUUUAAUGGCAGUACAGACAAGCAACUGAAGCUGUAGGACCAGAUUUAUUAUUUAUUUAUUUAUAUUCUACCUUUAUUAUUUUUACAAACAACCCAAGAUGGUGAACAUACCCAACACACCCUCCUCCUCCUCCUCCUCAUAUUUUCCCCACAACAACAAAUCUGUGAAGUGGGUUGGGCUGAGAUAAAGUGACUGGCCCAAAGUCACCUUUGCCUAAGGCCAAGGCAUGACUUGAACUUGUGGUGUUCUGGUUUCUAGCCGGAUGUCUUAAACACUAGACCAAACUAGCUCUCAGAUUCACAAAAGUUGUGUUCCUGUUCCUUCAAAUCAAAAUAAAAUAAAAUGGUGAUGCCUGUGGUUCAAACCAACUGCCUUUCAGCAUACUGUAUCUGCUGUACCCCUUUUCCUCUCACAUAUCAAAAUGGAUGCAUGCCUCCCUAAUCAUACUUGCAUGUAACUAAACUAAACUUGUUCCAGCCUAACAAUCAUUUAGGUUUGUAUUCCUGGGACGUGGCUUUUUAUUGCCCAUUUAUUCAUUGUCUAGUGCAAUUCUACACACAUUUGGAAUGGCCACCUGAUUUUCAGUUUAUUCCAAGGCCAUGUGGAACUGCAUCUUUUGUACAAUUUAAAAAGGGAUCUUUGUGUGGGAUGAAGAAGUCAUUCUUUCUUAAAACACACACACUCACCCAAAAAUUCGGCACCACAGGAAGAAAGAAGACUUUGGUAGUGCUGCAGAAAAGCAGAGGUAUGUAUAUGUGCAAACAAGUCCAGUAUCUGGUACUGCAAGUAUAUUUUCUUGAAAGUGUACUGGUUUAUAUAUUUGUGAAUGCCAAAAACCUGAAAGAUUUUGGGCAAUAACUUCCAUGCAUUCUAUGCCUUUAUUCCUAAAAUUCUAGCUUCUUUUUAACCAAGAAAUCCCAAACUAAUAUAAAUGGAUGUUGGCUGGUAUAUUGUAUUCAGAUUCAGAUUCAAAAUCCUUCUGUUACUGUCUACUGGGUUUCUAUGAAUAUUAUCAAUACCUUUGCUCAGUGGGAGCAGAGGGAAUAUAUUUGUAUGAAUAGUAAGGUAAAAAAAGCUCUUCCCUUGACUUCUUAGCAUUAAUUUGAGAUGCACAACAGGCAGCUACAUUCUCCCAACGAGAUUUAUGCUGAUUUUUGUGUUUCCUCCUGGGAAUGCAAAGUUGUUUCAAGCCAGUAUGUGCUGUUCUUUCAAAGCACUACCUGCGCUGUGAGAUUUGGAUCUGCAAGGCGCAGCAUGUUGAACAGUAAAAAUCAGCCUGGAAGCAGUUUCCAUAUUUCUCUGGCUGGAAAAGGACUUCUGCCACCUUUCAACUCUUACAUUUCUUCUACUGAAGGACAAGUCCAAGAAGAAAGAGGAAAAAACAAUUGAACCGUAACCUUAAAUUGUAUGAUCAAGCAUAGAUAUGAUACUUAAGAUCCAUGUCUAGCAUUCUUAAUAUUAAAGGUUCAAAGUUGUUUUACUACACAGGGAGUCUUAAAUUGUUUCAACCAGGAAGGUGUUCCUUUGUUUUAAAACAUCCAACUGAUUACUUUCUCGACCACAAUGGCCUUUUCCUGGGGAACUGUUGCUUUUCUCCUGCCUCCAUGAAGCAACCUAUCAGAAAUAUACAACCUGAAGCUCCUGGACUGUUUGCAGCAUUCCUCUCCCCAAUCCAUUUUAAAGAUGAUCCCUAACAUCUAUAAUUUUUUUUUAGUAUGACACAAGUGGAAAAUUAUGGGAAAUAAUCACAUUAACUGUAAGGAACUAAUUCAAAUUUAAUUAACUUGAAAAUUAAAUUAAAUCUAACUUUAUUUCUGUCCAGCUUCAAUAAUUUCUUUGUCCAGAACCUUUUUUUUUUUUUUGGAAGCAUAUUUCCCCAGCACGUCCAUCAAAGUCCUGAACAAAAUGGAGGAAGCACACCUUUGUGUUUGUGGGGUUUUAAGAUUUUCCAUCGGAAAACAACAGGCAGAAGAAAACUUAAACAUCUCUCUACCAACACUGAUAUCAUAAUCUAAAUAAUGGCUCCCUUUAUGUUUGAAGAAAAGAUGAAGCUGGAGGUUACCUUCUUAUUACCAUUGUUUUCUCUCAUUUGCAUUUUCUGAUUUCAAGAGAUAAGGAGAAAAAAGAUUGGAACUCAACAUUCCCACUAAUUAUGGAUGCAACUCUCAUUUUGAAAUUCCAGUCGCUUUUAUCGGCAAUUAUAACCAAUCUAUUUUUUUAUCCAUUCCAUUUCCUAAAGAUGCUGGAAAUUCUUUGUUCUAAAUGCAAGGCUGUUCUAUGGUGGAGUAGUUCUUACCAAUCAGCCGUUUAAAACGGAAUAAUUUUUAUCUACACCUUAGUUUUUUCAAUACAAAGGAAAAAGGAAAGCCAAAUUCACAAAUAUGAAAUCCAUUAAUGGGGUACUGAAAAGGAACAUUUUUUCAGUACCAACUGAUAAUGUUCUCCUGGGUGAUUCAAUGAACCUGAAUUGACAAUGGGACCUUACAUGCCAGGAAAAUCUGUUUGCAUGUCAGAGGAUCUUUGGUUCCAGAAUUUAGGAAGUAACACUAAUUAUACACAAUAAUAUCCCUCCUAAUUUAAUGUGCCAUGUGGCAUCACCAAUUAUCCAAAAACAUAUCAAUGCUGUGGAAAAGUUAAAUUAGCAUUUGGUAAAGCAGCAACAGAAACCUUGGAACAGAUAUCCAAAUGUUUUAAUGAGUCUAUAACCUACAAAGAUCAGAAUUGUGCAAGCCAUGAUCUUCCUUGUGAUACUCUAUGGAAGCAAAAGUUGAACUUUAAAGAAGCAGGAUAGAAAGAGUUUGGAUGCUUUUAAUCUUGGGUGUUGGAGAAGAUUCUUGAGAAUACCAUGGGUAGCCAAGAAAGCAACCAAUGGAACGUCAAACAAAUUAACACAGAGUUCUUAAUUGAGAAGAAAAUGACCAGGCUCAAAUUAUGCAAAGACCCAGCUCUCUGGAAAAGGGAAUCCUGGGAAAGGUCACAGGAAAGAGAAUAAGAGAAUGACUAGCAGCAAGUUGGAUAGACUCCAUUAUAGGGGCUGCACAGAUGGAAGACCUGAAAGAUCAGAUUGUCAUGGAGAAAUUUUAUCUAUGUGGUCACUAAAAGUUGAAAACAACUUGAUGGACAUAAUUAAUUAAUUAACUACUAAUACUAUUGAUACUACUACUGCUGUUAUUAUUAUUUACAUUACCAUUGUGUACAGAACUUUAGAGGAGGAGUACUGUAGAUGGUAAAGUUGACUCUUCCGAUAGAUCUUUGAGUAAUUUGUAUUAUGCCAUAUGGAUAUUUUGUUCCCAGUUGUUUAACAGUAGCAGCAACGUCAUGACGGCCCUUGGAUUCUGCCAGUGAAAUGGACAAAGUUCAGUCUGGAAGCUUCUUGGUGGAUAUGUGUCUAUAUUAUGUGACUAUCUGCAUUAUUCAUAGAAUUUUAAGUGAUGGGGGGGGGAUAACCACAUAACCUUAUGUUUCAUUUGUAAACUAUUCUGUCUUUUCAUAUCUCUUUUAUCUUGUCACCAGAGAAAAAUCUAUUAAGGAUAGAAAAAGAUUGUCAGUUCUGCAAACUAUCCAUCUGGAAGCAUCUCACCACAAUGAAUAGUUGUGCAAAAUGACAAUAACUGCUUUGUAGCCCUGAUACCUAAAAACAAAUCUCUGGUUAAGGCUUCCUUAAGUCUCAUCAACAUUUUGUAAAGUAUAUCCCAGAAAAUUGAAAUAUGUUUUUUAUAAAUACAAGGAACUACAUGCCGUGACUACCUUCCAAUGUAAAAUUGUGCUUAAAAAAAAAAACAAUAUGGGAAAAUGAGAGAGAAUAUAUGUGAUCAUUCUGGCUAACAAUAUUUAAAAUUUGGCUAUCGUUUAGUUGUGGGAGAGCAUGAAAAAUCCAGAUUGCAUUAAAAAAAAGUACGUUUUGAGAUGGGAUUUGAAGAGGUAGUCUUCAAAUGGGAUGUAGUUCCUAAAAUGAACAGCCUUAAAAGAUAAAGGGCUCAUGUUUUAUUAAAUAUCUCAGAAGUAAGAGACUUUGGACUCUGUCUACUGAGAAUGCUAUGGUAUGUCACUGCCAUUUUAAGGUAAGCUGGAAAAGAAAAGAGGUUCCUCAUACCAAGAUAGAAAAGAACCAGCUGAAGAAACAUAAUUCAUGUGAAAGUUCCAAAAAAAAAGAGAAAGAAAAGAAAAGAAAAAGAAAUAAGUCCUCUGCCCUAGAAUCAUUCUUCAAUAAAUGUUGCUCAUGUAUCAUGGCAUGGUAGCCAUUUCUCAGUGUAUUCCCCACAUAUGUUGACAAUAUAAAGAUGGAUGGUUAAAUUCGAUUUAAAUAUUUGCAAGAAUUUAAGGACAUAAAGCAACUUUUCUCAAGCUAAUGUCCUCAAAUAUUUUAGGAUUCCAAAUCCUAAUUGGGACUGUAAUAUAUAGUGUAUUUUUUAUUUAUUAAACAAGUUUAAAUCCAUGCAUGAUUAAUUCAGAAUAAUUCUGGCUCUGUUAAGUGCUCCAUGGUCUUAGGCAAGUCUACAUAAAAGUGCCAGAUUAGUUGAUUAAUCUAUGACAAUGAUGUGUUAUAAAACAUUUGGCCAGGUCUGAUCAAAUUGAUCAAAUUAAUCUGAACACUAACUGUGAUGACAGGACUUGAAAGUUCAGCUAUAUCUGGAGAGCAUCACUAUAAUUUGUUUAGCUAUUAAAUAUACAUUUGUUACAGGCUUCAGGGCGAACUGGUGUGGGGUUGACAGAAUCUAUCAUUUCUUUUUCCACAUUUCAUUUAUUUUUUAAAAAAUGUUUAUUUUUUCUGAUUUCCCUAUGAUUGUAAAUUGUACUGGAAUCAUCAAUCAUCAUAAGGGGUGAAAUUACAUUUACAAUAGGGACAAUAUUAAUCUGAGAAUUUAAUCUGUGCUUUAAUUUGCAAUUUUAUCAAUUUAUAAAGCAAGAUCAGGAUCAAAGGCCACAGUUUCAAGACUGUACUUGAAAUACAUCAAACCUUUUAUUGCUGCACAGCACUCCAUGCCAUAAAACAUCGUACAGAAUACAAAACUUCCUACAGAUAUUAUUGUCAAAUCAAUGGAAAACAUAGCUAUUUAGAAAACUAAUAUAAAUGGUUUUAAGAAUGUCAUUAGAAUCGACAAAGUAAUCAAUUGAUGCUAUUUGAAUAAGAAUCCUAGACUUGAUAUUUCUUCCUAAAUCCAUUUCUAUGAAGCAUGGGUGGUCAAUAAACUGCUUGAUUUAUUUUAUUUAAAAAGCUGGCUGUUGGAUCCUUGAGACUGGUAAGAUUUUAUCUUCUGAUUGCAAGCAUAUACAAAUCCUUACUAGGUUUUCUUUCAUCACCAGCCCAUAGGUUAACGUCAGCUCAAAGUCAGCAUUAACUGUUCCAUUUUUGAAGUAAUGUGCUCCUUCUCCUGACACAAUUUUUGUUAUGAAUAAAAUACUGGAUGUUUUACUGACAA